GAGAGACUGGUAGCAAGUAAUCGAUGCGUGGCUGCUAAGCCAGAGAACAUAAGUUAAGAAUAAUCAUCAUAUUAAAAGCCGUCGCAAUAAAGCAAGUCAUGAGGCUUGGGAAAGACGUACAUAAGUGGACGUGCAAAGAUGUGGGCUUGUGGCUUAAAGAAAACGGUUUCGAUGAUCAUGCGGAUCUAUUAGCGAAGCAACAUAAGAUAGACGGAGGUGCUCUUCUCGUCCUCAAUGAAGAUGACUUAAGAAAUCCCCCGCUUGAGUUGAAAGUCCUUGGCGACAUCAAGCGUUUAUCUCUGGCGAUUGCUUCUCUUCAAAGAAAACACAGCAGGCCAACGCACUUAGCACUCCCUAAUGCUACGAAUGGACACGUUAAACGAAAAUUUGUUGAUCAGAUUGAUAGCGUGGACGGUUUUGUGGGAGAGCUGAGACGACGCGACUUUUCGGAUUCUGAUAUCGAUGAUGACAGGCCCGAUGUUCAUCCUUUCUCAAAUAUCUCUGAAACAGGGAGAACGUUGAUCAGUUUGGUGUAUGCGUUUUCAGUAUUUUUUGUCACUUCUUUUGUAAUGGUUUUCGUCCACGAUCGCGUACCAGACAUGAAGAAGUAUCCUCCUCUACCUGACAUAGUCCUGGACAAUGUACCGCUCAUACCGUGGGCUUUUCAAAUGUGUGAGGUCACAGCGCUUAUUUUAACUGCCGUUUUAACUACGGUUUUGUUCUUCCACAAGCACAGAGUUAUCGUGAUAAGAAGAAUGGCUUCUUUGUGUGGAACAGUGUUUCUUCUGCGGUGUGUUACAAUGUUCGUGACGUCUCUCAGCGUUCCUGGAAUCCAUUUGGAGUGCUCUGGAGGUACGUCAAAGUUGUAUGGUGACACUUGGGCAAAAAUAAGAAGAGCCUUCGAGAUCCUGCUUGGUUUUGGGAUGUCAGUAAAUGGUGUGCGUACAUGUGGUGACUACAUGUUUAGUGGCCACACGGUUACCAUCACCUUGUUGAAUUUUUUUGUAACAGAAUAUACACCAUACUACAUGUACUACUUGCACACAUGCUGCUGGGUCCUGAAUAUGUUUGGAAUUUUCUUCAUCCUGGCUGCCCAUGAGCAUUAUUCCAUUGAUGUUGUUAUUGCUUUUUACAUUUCUUCUCGUCUCUUCCUUUACUACCAUACUCUUGCCAACACUCGAGCACUCAAACAGAUUGACAGCAAAAGGACACGCAUAUGGUUCCCCCUUUUUUGGUUCUUUGAGGAAAAGGUGUCUGGCAAGGUACCAAAUGAAUAUGAAUGGCCUCUGAGGUGGCCCAGAUUUCUGUGCAAGAAAUCCAAGUCCCGUUAAAAGCCUGUGCAUGUACCAUUAUCUGGCUGUGCUCCCUUCCAUUGUUGACAUCAAGCAUUGUAAAAGAGACUUAUUGACAUUCAUCUAAGAAGAAAGAAAAUUUUUAUGAAGCUGUGUUCUUUAAAGAGAGCAAAAUUUAAUAUAUUAUCCAAGAUUAUUGGCUUAAUUUUAGGGGAUUUAAUUGAUAGUAAAACCUGUUAUUUAAUAAAAUUUAUGCAUCAAAUAA